AUGUCCGCCGAUUUCUGGGCUGGCUAUAUCAGCGGUGCUAUCAGCAUUAUCAUCGGCAAUCCUCUCGAUCUUCUCAAAGUUCGCCUUCAAGCUUCGAGUCCAUCACGUGGCCAUGGUGUCUCUCAAAAUCUCACCACUACCACUGCUGUCCCACCCACCACAGCUUUCCCAACCCCUAGCUCCCUCAUUCGUGGAACCGCCGCCCCCAUUCUUGCAACCGGUGCUCUCAACGCCCUUCUCUUUGUGACAUAUAACCGGACCCUCACUCUUCUCCACCCCGCAUACACCCCCAACCAUCCAGAAUCAAUACCUCUAGUCUCUACCUUCCUCGCCGGCACCAUUGGCGGUCUCUGCUCCUCCAUCGUCUCAACCCCCACCGAAUUGAUAAAAUGCCGCGCCCAACUUUCCACUCCUCCUCUCUCCUCCUUAGCCAUUGCACGCUCCAUUAUAUCUACCACCGGAGUUCGCGGUUUGUAUUUUGGAGGCGUGGUUACGGCGCUGAGGGAUAGUGUGGGGUAUGGAUUUUAUUUCUGGAGUUAUGAAUUAUCUUCUCGUCUUUAUUCUGCUUACCUUCUCUCUCCAUCUUCAACCUCACCAGAUAUGGAGAACACUACGAGUUCUCGAGAUGAGGCGAUCAAGAUUCUCCUCUGUGGAGGUGUAGCUGGUGUUAUAACAUGGGCUAGUGUUUUUCCGCUUGAUGUUGUGAAGACACGACUUCAAGCUCAGAUCCUCUCUCCCUCAAUAUUACCUUCGGAAGCAUCAUCUCUCCUAAGUUGUCCACCACAAAAACAAAAAGGAGCGCUCGAAAUAGCAAAACUUGCAUAUCGCAACGAAGGCAUGGGUGUAUUUUUCAGGGGACUCGGUGUAUGUAGUCUUAGAGCUUUCAUUGUGAAUGCAGCGCAGUGGGCGGCGUAUGAGUGGAUUAUGAGAGAAUUGGGGGCGAAGGGAGGAAGCGAUGUUGGUAUUAAGAAUAGAGUGAAAAGUGAGAUUUUGAUUUAG